AUGGAGUCUGCAAAUCAUCAUCAACACCAUACGGUUCAAGAGCAGUAUGUUAAAUAUCCCUCUGUGUUUACUCAAACUGGCCAUCAAGUAUCAACCACAGAUGAUGACUGGAACUCAAACCAGCUCUUUCUGAAUAUUGGUAGUAAACACGAUAGGAAUCUGACUGAAGCCAUCCCAAAAUCAAGGGAUUUAUGGCCACCGCCUUCGGUCAGUACUCCCAUGAAUCACGACAGUUUCAACCCACAAUCCGCCAGUGAGUUUCUCCUUGCAAAUAUCAAAGACGAGAUGUCAGAUUCCUUCCCCAAACUGAGUGAGAUGAUGUACUGUCAUUCUGGUGCGGAAGACUCAUAUUUACCAUCUAAAAAACACUAUCCACAAUCUAGUGAUCGCGAUCUGGGAGGAAAUCUAUGGCAUAGCAAUUUCUCCAUUGCUAAUAACAUGACUGAGCUGCAGCUUUCUUCAGGAGACUUGUACACUAAUGCUCACCACUCCCCAUAUUUGGGAACCGCAGCUGCAACUAGCAGAUAUGACUUCAAUCAUAUAUUUCCAAGUACAAAUAUUUCUACCUCGGAUUUGUGUUCCACAUUUUUUUCGAGCUCUUUGGACUUGAACUUGAAAUCCUUGGAUCUUUUGACCUCUACGUUCGAUGGGGGGAGUUGUAAUCAAUCUUUUAUUGAUAGUCCUGGGAGAUUAAGAAGUGUUCUUCUGGGCCAUGAUCACAGACGAGAACGUAGUGAUAGUCCAUCCAGCAGCUCCAAAGUAUCAGCCUUUGCUAGUGGAUCAAUUACAAGCACAAAGAGGCCUGGUAGCUUUUCUGAGACAAAGGAAUCCCAUACAGAUGCUAAGAAGUAUCGAUCCACAAUGUCACGAUCCCCAUUUCCAACAUUGAAGGUUAGAAAGGAGAAACUAGGAGACAGGGUUGCAGCUCUUCAGAAGUUGGUGGCACCUUUUGGCAAGACAGAUACAGCCUCUGUGUUAACAGAAGCCAUUGGAUACAUCCAGUUCCUGCAUGACCAAGUUCAGACACUGAGCGUUCCAUAUAUGAAGUCAUCACAAAUCAAGCUACAUAGAACAGUGCAAGUGGGUUCAAAAAAGGAAGAAGGAAAAGAAUUAGAGCAGAAACGUGAUCUUAGAAGUAGAGGACUAUGCCUUGUGCCUCAGUCUUGCGCAUCAUAUUUUAUUAAUAGUUGCAGUAGUGGAAUCUAGACAUCCCCCUUGAGUAACUUGAGGUUGAACAUAAGAAAAAUGAUUUUGGCCUUUGGGAUUAUGAAAAACUAUAAACUACGGGAGUAGGCUCAAG